GGAGGGGAAAAAAAAGAAAGAAAGAAAGAAAGAAAAAAAGAAAGAAAGAGAAUGAAAAGAGGAGAGGGUUGGUAGAUUGUGAAAAGUCAGAGAGGUGAAUGAACUGGAAAUCUUGAUAAGAUCAUUAAAUAGUUGUAGUGGGUGUAUUUAAACAAUCAAGCUUGAAGAAUAGUAUAUUAUGGUCAGAUAUAGAACAGGUUAACUAUUUUUAAAGCGAAGUAGCUACAACUGAUAACAUCGCCGAGAAUAAUGACCAAGGGAGUCCGGCUGAGUCCGAGCAGAAUAACAGAAAGGGGAGGUCAAGUAACUAAGAGAUAAGAGUUUACAUUCAGGAGGACAUAAUCCCAGGAAAGGAAGGACUACAGAUCAAGAUGUGUAGCUCUGUGGCUGCCAAGUUGUGGUUUUUGACAGAUCGUCGAAUCAGGGAAGACUAUCCCCAAAAAGAGAUCUUACGAGCAUUAAAGGCCAAAUGUUGUGAGGAGGAACUGGACUUCCGAGCUGUGGUGAUGGAUGAGGUGGUGCUAACAAUUGAGCAAGGAAACCUUGGUCUACGGAUCAACGGAGAACUAAUCACUGCCUACCCCCAGGUGGUGGUGGUGAGAGUACCAACCCCUUGGGUGCAAAGCGAUAGUGACAUCACUGUUUUGCGCCAUCUGGAGAAGAUGGGAUGCAGGUUGAUGAACCGACCUCAAGCCAUACUGAACUGUGUUAAUAAGUUCUGGACUUUUCAAGAGUUGGCAGGUCAUGGUGUUCCUCUGCCAGAUACUUUCUCUUAUGGUGGUCACGAGAAUUUUGCUAAAAUGAUUGAUGAAGCAGAAGUACUGGAGUUCCCAAUGGUGGUGAAGAACACACGGGGUCAUAGAGGCAAAGCCGUUUUCCUGGCUCGAGAUAAGCACCAUUUGGCUGAUCUAAGCCAUCUUAUUCGCCAUGAAGCCCCAUACCUGUUCCAGAAGUAUGUUAAAGAGUCUCAUGGAAGGGAUGUACGUGUCAUUGUUGUGGGAGGCCGUGUGGUUGGCACCAUGUUACGCUGUUCAACAGAUGGGAGGAUGCAAAGCAACUGCUCACUAGGUGGUGUGGGGAUGAUGUGCUCAUUGAGUGAACAAGGGAAGCAGCUAGCUAUCCAGGUGUCUAAUAUCCUGGGAAUGGAUGUGUGUGGCAUUGACCUGUUGAUGAAAGAUGACGGCUCCUUCUGUGUCUGCGAGGCCAAUGCAAAUGUAGGUUUCAUCGCCUUUGAUAAGGCUUGUAAUCUAGAUGUAGCUGGUAUCAUAGCGGAUUAUGCCGCCUCCCUUCUGCCCUCUGGCCGGCUCACCCGGCGUAUGUCCCUGCUCUCCGUGGUGUCCACGGCCAGUGAGACUAGUGAGCCGGAGCUGGGUCCCCCAGCCAGCACUGCUGUCGACAACAUGAGCGCAAGUUCCAGCUCUGUCGACAGCGACCCUGAAACCACGGAGCGAGAGCUGCUCACCAAGCUCCCAGGGGGCCUGUUCAACAUGAACCAACUGCUAGCCAAUGAAAUCAAACUCCUGGUGGAAUGACUCCACCGGUAAAUAAUUAACCAACAAAAUCCUUGUAAAACUUUCUUUUUCUUCUUUCUAUUUUUCUUUCUUUCUUUCUUUUUUUUAAACCAACUUGCAAUGCUGUUCAUGGAAGAUGCUCAGGAAGAUGAGAGAAAAUUGAGAGAAUUAGUUAGGAGAAAAGAAAGGGGAGAUAGACGAAACCUCUGCCAUUAAGAUAUUGCUGACUUUCCUUUCCAGAUCCUGCAAACAGAGAGGCAGAAGAGGUGAGAUACAGGAAAAUGUCAGGCUCUCGGAGUCACCCUUUUAAAUUACUCAAAAUGUGUAGGCUCGCAGACCAUGGAGAACAUAAUUUUUUCAUGGUCCCUUGCUUUUGUUUUUGUACAGUAGGUACAAAUUUCAGAGUAGCAAAACUUCACAUUGUGUUGUAAUGGAUAAGGAAUACAUCUACCUAAAUUACAAUUUUUUAUACAAAUCUGAAAAUUCUGCCUAUACUCUAUCAGCUUUAUUUUCAUAGUUAAGGAAAUCUUGAGGGGCUCUUUUCAUUUUUUUUUUUUUUUUUCAUUUGUGUGGGAGGGCAACUUGAAUGACCCAGUAAAGUUUUUUUUUAAAUGGCAAAAUUGGCAUGUUUGCAUGAUUAAAGGGAAAUGAACAGUAUUGCAAUGUCUGGCACACAAAAUAACAUUUACUCCAUUGUAGAUAAAAUUACACUAGUUUAAAAUAUGUGCAUUGACUUGUAUUUGUUAGUGUUUUAGUCUUUUUUGAAAGAUAUAUGCUCUGUUAAUGUUGAAUUUUUUUUUUUAAUACAUGCUAGUCUUUACAUUCCCUGAUCUAUGCUUGCAUCUUUAACAAUGGCCAAAGUGAAGAAAAUGCUACCUUUUUUGUUAACAAGACACUGACGUGAAACAUGUGCAUUUAAAGCCUUUUAUUUUUUCCUUUUUUCUUUUGGUGUUUGGACAUUUAAAGAAUAAGGACAAGGGGAAAUAUUUUUGGGGGGCAAAUCAAGGGCCUAUAAGUUCCUAAGUAUAAAGCUGAAGUGAUUUCUGAUACCAGCAUUAUAUAUUUGCAUUUCUCACAUUUUAGGAGGGGGUAUAUAUGUGUGUGUGUGUGUGUGUGUGUGCGCGUGCAUGCAUGCAUGUUUACGUGUUUUGCUUUUUGUUUACACCAACCAAUCAAAAAGGGUAGAUUCUAGAAAAUGGAGCAUGAUGGGAAACAGUUUUUUACUUAAAAAAACAAAACAAAACAGAUGAGUUGUUUUCAUAAUUAUACUCCUGGGGGUAGAGGUACUCACCUAAAGGCAUAAGGAGAAUAGAUGCUUCUUAGCUUUUUUGUAUAUGUAUGUUGUUUGGCUUUUUCCUUUUGUUCUAGACUGUUCGGUGUAUGAUUUAUUUAAGGCUACAUGCUUUUUUCUUCAGUGCUUCUUGCUGUGUGUUUUUUCCUAUUACACGUAGGUUUUGGGGUAGGGUGGACUGAACAUUUUUGUUUGGGGACUUAUUUAGUAGUACUGAGUCUCUUAUAGCCCUACUCUGAAGCCUUCAAUACUCUCCACUCUUUAUAUUUCUUUAUUUCUGAAUUUAUAAAAGCCCCCAAACUGCUAUAAUAUGAGCCUUUAAACGUGGGUAAAACUAUCCCAAUGAAUGGUUUGGAAGGUGUGUUGAGAAGUGGAGAUGCUCCAGAGCUCAACGUAAUUUUUUUAAACAGCAAGUUCCAUCUCCCUUCAAUCCUCUGAAGCUUUUACCCGAGUCCUUUCUUGCCUCUCCAGUGCUUUUUUUCCUUCAGAUGGACCUUUACAUAAUUUCUUGGACACUACUAGAGAGACUUCGAGGCAAUAAUUAAAAGAUCAGUAUUAACGAGCUCUAACAGAGGUUUGAUCAUGCUUACUUGUACAGUUUCCCCCCAUUUUAAAAAAGGAAUGUAAUAAAAUUUGUUUUUUUCGUAGAAUUAAAUAAUAUUAAAAUUGAGUGAAAGGUUGAUUGUUGACAAAUAGAAUAGUACCUCUAAUCUGUGCAGUGUCUCAUUUCACCUUAGAAACAGAUACAGGAGUUUCUAAUUUAUUUUAGGAUAUUCUAAUUUCAUCUAAAAGAAUUUGACCUGUCAGGGUUACUGUGGGACAUACUGUGGAAUAUGUAAGUACCUCUGACUCACUUGGUACUUCUGUCACUGAAUGACCGUACUUUGGAAGAUGCACACUAUUUGGGAUAGAGAAAUAAACAAGGAAGAAAGAACCACUUGAUUAAAUCAUUCAUAUGUGUGUAGAGACCAUCUGGUUGCCACAUAGAUUAUGAUACAUAUACUUUGAGUAGUUACAUAUCACAUGCAUUUAGAGUAAUGAAUUUGAAAACACAAAUAGAAAAACACCCUCUCUACCUGAUGAAAAAUUCAAGGUUUGUGUUGGGUGGGAUAAGACACCAGGAAAUAUGUAGGUGGCCUUUAAAAAAAAUGUUAUCAAAAUAACCAACUACAUUAUAAGAAAUAUCUGAGAUUAUUUUGCCUUUAGUUUUACUCGCUAUCCAUCCUAGGUAUUCACAUUAUAUUAAAACAUAGCCUUACCAACCUAUUUAUGGAUCAUACACUCAUAUGUUAGCGUGAAAAGGUCAGGAAUGAUUAUUUUAGACUUUAAAAACACGAAUAUCCUCUUGAAUUCCCACAAAAAGAAAGGUAAAGGAUAUGAACAGAUCACGCUGGAAGAACCCAAAUAAAACAGCCCAGAUAUUUAAGUGAAAGUUAAAAUAUAUUUACAUAUUGUUGAAUAACUUUUGGAUAAUCUUUAUUGCUAUUAUGAGAGGUAAAAAUAUGUGUUUAUCAAAUAUGUAUAAGCGUUAUCAUGCCAAAAUUUGAAAUAUUGUAACACUAUUGUGUAUUGUUAAAAUUGUAAUUCUGAAUUGUAUUUAAAAGUAAUUCUUUCUGAUAUUGUUUUUAUGUCACCCAUGAUGAAAAGUGGACUAUAUAUACACACACACACAAAUAUGAACUAUUCCAUUUAAAAUUUUUAAUAGUUAUUUUCUUUUGAUUGAUCAUUUCUGCUGGCUUUAACUCCACUGAACUUUGAAAUAUUUCUGUAUAUGCUAUCAAAUAAGAAAAUACCCUGGAACAUUAGAAAAAUCCAUCAAGAGACUUGGUUUCAUCAAGCACUUUAUCAGACUUUUGAGAAGGUAUCGAAGGCAUUGAAAGAAGUAAUUGACUUCCAAGAUCAUCUCUUCUUUUUCUCAAGAAGAAAAUGAUGGAAAAAGAAAUUCUCUUCAUUCAGUGAAUCCCCGGUUUGGGGUUUGGGGAGCUUAGAGACAUUGUGAAAUCAAAUCUUGUGUUACAUUUUUCUCCUGGCUCACUCUUUUUGAGAAGGUUUAUGGGCUAUAUGGCUGGUGAGACACGAUCCCCUCCUAAGAAAAUGUAGGUGCUCAGACAGGUAACCUCUGCUGCUACUGUUUUUAUUUAUUUGUUUGUUUGUUUGUUUAAUUUCUUUUAAAAUUUGUUUUUGUUGUACUAGGAUAUUUUUAAUGUAAUAUAUUGCAGGAUUUAUAACCAGGUUCACUGCUUUGUUUUUUUUUUUUCUUAAAAAACAAAACAAAACAAAGUUUCAUUUAAGAUACAUUUAGGCGCCCUUUGAAGCUUGGAUUUUGGAAUGUUUCAGUAGUGGACAGAAAUCUGCUGUUGGAAUCUUCUAGUCUUCCAGGUUUAAUUUGAAAUGUUUUUAGUUUUGUUUUGGA